CCCCAUCGGAGGUAUAUAUACAGUCGGUCAUACGUCCUUUUCAUCUUCCGUAACUUAUAUCCAAAACAUCGCAAACCACUCUAAACUUUCAUUCGCCUACUACUACCGACAGCAUCAAGACCCCAGCUGCUAUAUAACAUAUCGCCAAUCCAGCAAUCAGACGAAGGGAAGCAUUCAAAAAUGGCCCCCAUCGAACGCAUCACUCUCUUCAACAUCCCCAAUGAAGAAGACCGCAACCGAGUUCUAGAGCAAUACAAGAUUCUAGCAAAGACAGCGACCAAGGACGGCAAACCGUAUAUUGUUGCUGCUGCCGCGGGUCACUCUUUCCCGGAUCCUCGCAACAAGGGGUACACGCUAUCCGUCAAGACGACGUUCGCUUCGUUGGAAGAUAUGAAGUACUACGAUACCGAGUGUGAAGCGCACAAGGCUCUGAAGGCUGUGGCCGGACCGGUUAAGGAGGAUGUUUUGACUACGUACUAUGAGAAUGUUCUGUAAAUGAAUAUAGAUCUUUUCUUUUCGCUUUUCUUUGGCUCGAGGUUGGAUGGGGCUAAAUCUGCAAGCCUAUAGCCUUGAAUGAUAUGUGUUCAUGACAUAUACUGCAUACAUU